AUGGCGUCAAUAGCAAGGACGCCAUCAUCCAGCCAGUUUGCUGAUCUGCUUCGCUCCCCUGGCGCCCACGACACCCCCGGAAGGCAGGCGACCAUUUCGGCAGAAAUGGCGCAGCGGGAAGCGAAAAAGCAGCGCCUGCGCGAACUCAGAGACGCGCACGAUUACGUGGGGAUCAUCGUGAACCACAUGCGCAGACAUUACACGGCCGUCGCGCCUCCCCCGUGGCUCGACCUGCGCGUCGUGGCUAUGCAGUUGAUGAGGUCGAACAAGCCAGGCGCAAAAAACGCGGCCUGGAGGAGUCUGCGGGAGUCCUUGACGAGGAUUCAUGAUUGGAAGUCCGAUCACGCCAGCUGGCGGCAAGCCGUACAGGCGUCGAGGAUGCCCUACCUUGGUUCCAGAUCCGAUAUCAAGGCCCUCGAGUUCAUCAACGCCAAGGAGGCGUGCCUGCCAAAGUGCUUCAUGCGAUAUUUCAGGUUGGCCGAGCUUGACUUCCUGCUGGAGGCGGAGCCACGCAGUCACCAUGAGAUUCCCGACUUCUGGAAGGGUGCCGAAGUCGACGACCCCGCGUGGCGCGACGUUUACAUGGAGCGGUCGCACUAUAGUCGCCAUCUGCCGUUUGACGACGAUUUAACUGACCUGGUCUUGAGCACGGUAUGUCAGAAGGGCCAGCGCGAGCCUGAGCAACCCCCACCCGCCUGUGCUGGGGUUGCGGACGACGAGGAUAGAGGUGUCGCUUCUGAGGAGACCGGCGAGGCCAAAAAGCCCAUCAAGUCGACGGCUGAGAUUGAGGAAGGCGGUGUUGCGGGCCUAUGGGAAACGGAGGUCCAGGCAACCAUAUCCAGGAUCGCCGACACGGUCAAUGAAACUCUCGCGACCGAAACCGUGAGGCUGCUGGGUAAAAGAUGCAGACAAGAGACCGAGCCGGCCCAGGGCCUCGAGAAGCGGCAGAAAACCAGGGACGAACCCUCUAACCUGCAGAAGCCGAUCAACACGACGACCGAGGCCAGCGACGAUGACGGCCUCCCCGCGCCACACGCGGCCAGGCCAGCUACCGCCAAGGAUGACAAGCGCUAUCGAGUGCUCAAAACAAACUACAAAACGCUAAAGGAUCAAAACCUUCAGUUGGCGACGCUGUACAGCAAGCUCGAGGUUGACAGUAAUAACCUGAGAGGCGAAAUCGAGCAGGUGACCACCCGGUGCAGAGACCUUCAGAACGAAAGUGACUCUUGCAAGUUGAACCGCUACGAUCUGAUCGAGAGAUGCGGCCAGCUCGAAGAGCGAAACAAGAUGCUCGGAGAGAAGAACGAGCAGCUAUCGGUUCAGAUUGAGGCACUGACCGUCGAUACAAGGAAGCUCGAGGGCAAGAUUGGUCAAAUAUCGGCCGAGGCAAGUGCUCUGGCGGACGAGAACAAGAUCAUGAGGGCUCAGAUAGUCAGCCUGAUGGCCCGAGUCGACGCCAUGGAGCAGGUCGGGCCACCGCGGCCGCAGGCACCAGUUGGCGGACAAGAUCCCCAUGAGCGAGCUGGCAGACCGCGGGACACGGCCGCGGGGGAAGGACAAACGCAUCUGCGGCAUCACUUUAUCCUGGACGGCGCCUCGGAAAACAGAGUCGUCUCAGAAUUGCAGGACACUGGACGCGCCGCAGCCGUCAUGCCAUCGCCGCACCGACAGUCUGACUGUCGGGUCAAACAGGAGCCCGAUGGAGAGCUGGCGUUCUCCCAGGAUAGCAAACAGCCUCACGUUUCCCAGCCCCCAGCACCGCCGCGGAGCCGGCAGCGCGCAACCUCGCGAUUCCCCCGCGUCCUCGAGAUGCCCACGUUCGAUCCCGAUUGCUACCCGACACUGGAAGUUCUCCGCCACCGCGGACCAUGCUCCAGCCACCAAUCUCGUCCGACAACCCGCCCAAACAGCGUGCUCGCCACAACCGACGUCUUCACGGCACGUCCGCUCUACGCGGAUACCGAACCCAUAUCCUCCGUUCCCGCUCAGCCGCGAACCCUGCUCGCACCCAUUACCAAAGCACAGCUACCAGACGCCGCCACCCCUCCAGUUUUCGUCCAUCCUCCCCCGGCUCCAUCCCCCCAGGCGGCGGCAAACAACCCCCUCUCCCUCUCCCUCUCCCUCCCCACCACCACCACUACCACCGCGCAUCCUCAACCACAACAACCACGGCCCGACCACCCACAAACCCAAACGACAACCACCACUCCCGACCUCAUCACGACCACCCGCCCAACCCCUAACCCACACCCAACCGCGACCCCGCCCCCCCAAAUCGACCCCAGCGCCUCCGCACGCGCGGCCGGGGUGCAGUGCGCGCGGCCGGGCGAGCCGGCCGAGGAGUUCCGGCGGGGGCUGGGGGAUAAGGACGUGCUUAAUCUUGAGUGGGGUGUGCAGGCGGAGGCCGCGGCUAGGGCGGGGGUGAAUGCCAAAGAGUAUGGUGAUACUGUGGCGGAUGCUGGAGCGGAAGCGGAUGUGCGCGCGGCUGGGCUGGGGGGUGGACAGGCUGGUGAGGGCACGGGUGAGAGGGUGGAAGGGGGGCAGAUGGAGAUGGAGGGUAUGGGCGUGGAGGGCGGCAACGGGACCCGCGGAGUGGAGGGGGCGAUGGCGGUGGGCGGUGAGGCGGCGAGAGGGGCCGGGGCGGAGGAGAGAGGGCAUUUUGUUGUGGGUUAG